AUCUCUAAUAUUUGCUUCAGAGAACAAUCGAGCCCACUUUUAGUUCCAUGCUUUUAACAAAAUGAUGGCCAAGGACAAGGGCCUGGCUGUAGCCGGGUCGGCGGCUCCAUUGCCGGCCACAAUCGACCACGAAUGGUCCGCCGAGGAGGAGCUGCAGCUGUUCCACGCCAUGGAGGGCUUGCGCCCGGUCGGAAUCAACAAGCACUUCUACAUGUCCUGCAUCGCCCAACGUUUGUCCAAGUCCCUGAACCGCGAGAUGCCCAGUGAGCUUAUUUGGCGCCACCUGGGCACAAUGUAUAAGCUUAAGGAGUUGGAUGACCUUGAAUCCCUGCCCUUUCCAAACGAGGAGCGCGAGUUCAGUUUGCCGGAGCAGGAGUUUGGAACGCUACAGACCAAAAAGACGGUGGAGGUAAACGCCUCCGAAGAGGCUGGAGACGUACAAGCGGCGGGCAAUAAUGCCAACAAUGCUACUGAUAGCAAUGGGAAAGCACCUGCUACCAAGCCUACAAAUUCGAAUACUACUAAAGAUGUCGACAAAAAGGGCGUCUCCAAGCCCCAGGAGCUGCCAAAGCGUCCGGCCAAACGCACCCGCGGAUCCAUGUCCAAUGAAUCCAUCAGUCCAUCAACAACUCCGCCACCCGUGCAGAGCAACAAGCGCCGUCGCAUCUAGGUGCUCCCCUCUCGAAACGGACGAUUGUUAUGACACUUUUAGUUCACUAGCUUUACUGUACAUUAAUAAAAGGAUUUAUUCUUCGAA